CAUUCUUCACAACGUUUCCAUCGAUCGCUGAAAUCGAACACCCAAAAGUGCUUGUUUUCUUGCCUUCUUGCGAUCGAUCAAGCGAGAGAGAGAUAGAGCAAGAGAGCCAUGAUCGGAGAGCACUCGGCGUUGCCCGGCGUGGAGAUCCCACCGGUGUGGCAAGAGGCGGCGAACUCCAUUGCCUAUGACUCCUCAUCCCGGCGUCCACCCACAUCUCUCGUCUGCGGGCCGGGGAACUGUGGAAAGUCGACGUUUUCUCUCCAUCUCUUGAACACUCUCUUGAAAAGGUAUGAGCGUGUGGCUUAUUUGGAUACUGAUGUUGGCCAGGCGGAGUUCUCUCCUCCGGGAUGCAUCUCGCUGCUCAUCUUUGACAAUCCGAUCCCAGAUUUGUCCAUUCUGUGUUUGAAGAUACCAGAGAGAUGUGUUUUCUAUGGUGGUGUCUCUGCUGAACAUGAUCCAAACGCCUAUCUAAAUAGUAUCUAUGCAUUAUAUGAUCAUUAUAUCAAAGAACACUAUCAAGCUCGUGAGACUGAUGGUCUUCGCAAGCCUAUGUUACCUCUUAUUGUGAAUACAAGUGGAUGGGUGAAAGGUCUUGGUUACAAUCUGUUGGUGGAGAUCCUCAGAUAUAUCAACUUAACCCAUGUGGUUCAGUUUCGCACUUCUCAUGAGAAGAAAAAUCUCCCCAGAGGAUUGUUCUGGUUGGAAAAGUCCGCAAAGGGACAAAUUAACUUGAUUGAAAUCCCACAAACAUCUGAUGAUUCUUCUAUUCGAUUUGUGUCAAUGAAAAAGGAAGCACGUGUUAUGCGAGAUCUUCGAAUUGUUUCUUAUUUUAGGCAAUGUAUGCCUAGAGACUUCGACAUCUCAUCCUACAAGGAGCUUGUUCACAGCUUUGCUACUGUUCAUCUUUAUGAACUUCACUUUUCAGAAAUUGGAGUCAUUGGCUUCCAUUAUCAGGCUCCUAGUUCAGAAACAUUUCAGAGUUUGGACAAGUCUAUUGUUGGCUUGGGAGACAGUUCCAUGUUGCCUUCAGAAUCUGAAAAUUACACAACUCGGUGGUGCAUUGGACUCGGAUUUGUCGUAGCAGUAAACAUAACCAAAGAUCUACUCUAUUUGAUCACACCUGUGCCUCGAACCAGAAUGAAGAAAGUAGAUCUUCUUUUGCAGGGAUCUAUUGAAACUCCUACUUGUCUGUUGCAGGUACAUGGAUGUAUUGCAGCGUCCCUUACAUCGAAUCCAUCAGAUGACAUUGCCCAGAUGGCUGAGACGACGAAACUUCUGACCAGACUAAAAGCAACUUAGAUAGAGCUCUUGUUUCAUGAUCAUCAGAUGGGAAAUUCACAGGCUGUGAUGAUUGUUAAUAGACAAUUUGGGAGGUUAUGGGUGUAAACAUUAUAUCAUUAAGUUUUUAAUACAACAACAACAACA